UUCUAUCUUGCACAGCUAUCUGCAUAACUCACACAGUGAGUCAACCAACCGAACCUACACAAUUAAGUAUUGGUACACCAACAAAUAGCACUGUCGGAAACACAACACAAUUUUUUGUUGAAAAAACGACAGCGCCAUCAAGGAAAAUCAUCAGUAACAACAUAACUGAUGAAGAAAGCAUCAUGUCUUCUACAACCGAGACAUAUGCCCAAGAAUGUUGCAAAACCAUUCAAUCAUCUGAUUCAGAAACAAGCCAGCCGGUAUCUACAUUUUCUGAGGGGAAAUCAUCAUUUUCACGUGAGGCUCCUGCACCAGCUGAGGCUGAAAGCAUCUCUGGUACGACGCCAUCAAAUGCUCUGCAGACUUCAGAUAUCAAAAGUGGCAACACACCCACCAGCAUUUCUUCACCACUAUCGCAAAGUGAGACAAUGUCAGUACGCAUGCCCACACAAGGAUCCUCUGAAUCACAGACAAACGGGCUUUCAACCGCCUUAUCAGACAUGCCUGAAAACAUACAAACCAACAUGAAAACAACCAAAAUGCCUGCCAAGUCGCACACAGAGACAAAAGAGUCUGAUGCAACAGAGGGUAGUACACCUUCACCAACAAUAAACACAGUGGUGACAAGAAAUACGCAAUCGGGGCAAAAAACAUCAUCUGAGGCAAGUCCGAAGACUGACUCUAAAGCUACAACAAACGUCGCUGUAGUUUCAAGCACAACAGAGCCAACUUUAAUACCGAAUCAAAGCACUGACUCAGCCUCAACACAAAGCUCUGCAGGAACCACACAACCAGACACAACGUCUACAACGGAGACGCAAAUGGAGUCUACAGAACAAGCUGCUGUACGUACUGCGAAAACUGACACAUCUACUGCGCAUUAUACACAGGCACAAAUGAUGGAGGACACGACAACACCUCUGCCACCCUUAUUGGAAACGUCUGCAACAGGAUCAACCAGAAAGUCGACAUCUUCCCAUCCACCUGUAACACAAGCAGCAGCAGCAGCUUCACGCAGUGAAUUACAAACAUCAACGAAGAAUGAUGUAACACCUUUCACGACACAUUUUCAAAACACCUCAGGACAAAUUACU